AAAUGAGGAAGACCUGUUGAUGUUGAAGCUAUUGUGACUGCUGUCAAGCCCUCCUCUGUCUGAAGGACGCAGCCAUGAGUUCCCACCAGAUGGAGAAACAACCAAGUGACCGCAAGGGUUCACCCACUGUUGCCAGGCAGCUUUCAGGAACUGGGCCUGAUGGUGUCACAGAAGAGCUUCAACCAGACCCAGUCAAUGAAGCUGGAAAGUCUCCAAAAGCAGGAAAAUUCAGGACUGCCUUGACGUUUUUUAGCGUUCGUAAAGGUAUCUGCAUUUUACCAAGUUUCUUUGGAGGGAGGAAUAAGAAUCAGAACAAGUGGUCCAGCAAGAGAGGAAUUGGAAAAAGCAGAACACAUGAUGGGCUAAGUAAGGUCAGCGAUGAUGGUGCUUUAGGCAGUGGCUAUGUCUCCACUGGAGACCUUCAGUAUCACAGGGGUGCAAGUGGAGAUUUCCCCAGUGGCUGUCAAGGUGAAUGUAGUCACCCAACCCCAGACCAGAAAUCUCUGACCCUCGGUCGGCAGAGAAAAAGUUUUAGGAGUCUAUUUCAAAGUUUUAGGCAUCACAGAAGCCUGAGAAAUAAUUGUACAAGUGACACUAACGUGUCUCCUCAAUGCCAGAAAGAGGUGCCUGUUCAACACGACCCACGCUGCAGUGCCACAGAGUGCCUGGAAUCUGAGCCUGACGUGCCUGAGUCUGUAGAGGAUCUGCGCGACAUUUCCAUGGGUCUUGAAUGUAGUCGUGUUGAUUCAAAAGCCCCUGAGAGCGGAGUGGAGAAAGAAAGCCCAAAGUCUGAGCCUCUGCUGUGCGACGACAAACAUGAGGACAGUCAAUUUAAAGUGGUAACUUCUGGUGUUUAUGACAACACCUCUAGAAGGUCCAGUGAGCCUUGUCUGAAACUUCAGACGGGGUCUGAAACGCCCACUGGCUCGUCAGACCAGCUGAACCUGAUGUUUGGGGAGGUUUCAUCGUUAAAGAGCUUCGAUUCCCUCACGGGUUGUGGGGACAUCAUUGCAGAUCAGGAGGACGACAGCAUCACAGAGAGCACCGUUUCUGGAGAGAGGAGCAGAAAUGGAGGGAAGAGGGCCUCUUGUUAUCUCACCUAUCAGGGCGGUGGUGAAGAGAUGGCCUCCCCUGAAGAUCUGGAUGCAACCUGUCUUCAAGAAAUCUGGGGAAGCAGCACCUCAGAGGCAGUCCACUGUGGCUGUGAUCCGGAUCAGACCCAAACCGAGCUGACAAGUUCACACAAUGUGGAUGUGCUGAACAGCAGCAGCAGCACACAGCAUCCCGGCGCUAUGGACACGUCAUCCAUCGCUGACGUUUUAACUCCCCAAAGCGAGCAUCAGGAAUCAGGACCCAAUAGCGACGAAGGCUAUUAUGAUUCAACAACGCCAGGGCCAGACGAAGGGCAAGAAAAAAGAUCAGGGAGAUUACCCAGAGACAGCUACAGCGGGGAUGCCCUUUAUGAACUGUUUGCUCCAGAUGAGAGUCUCAUAAGCCCUCAUUAUGAAAGCAAAUCCCAAAUUCCUAGUUUAAAACACGGCGAGUAUUUAGCAGAGCCCAUCGACGGAACAGAUUCUGUCUUUGUCCCAGAAAUGAGUCACUUAGGGAUUAAUGCUGAUCUGUACAAAGAGGAUUUUCGAGAAGUGUCUAGUCCAUUCAGUAAAAAUCAGGAUAUCAGAGGAAACGAAAACUGUAAUUUGAAAUCAAAAACACAAACAUCAGUCAACAUGAACAGUCAUAAAGCGGGGGUUUUUGAUGAAAAAGGCAACACGCACGCUUCUGCUGGCAAAAUAACAAAACCCAUCAAUGCAGAGUGUGAGAAAAGAAGCAGCAGUUUAUCGUUUGGAAGCACGUCAGACCCGGACUUUGAGACCUUCUGUGAACCCAAAGAAGACCAUCUUGAAGAGAACAAACCUGUGGCGUUACCGUACAAAAAUAUCAGCUCUCAGGCUGAAGAAUCUAGCAGCUACAUGGAGGAUGGGCAGACUGUGUGUUUCUCACAAGCACUUGUGGAUUACACGAAACGCACCCAGAUGCUCGGCAAGCUGAGCGGCGAAGUGGACGACUUGGAAAGGAGCGCCACUUUCACCCCAAACAUGGAUGCCUUACCGACUAUAGUCACGUUUGACGUUGUAGACCUGCACAACGAGGGGGAAUACGACGAGCAGAUCCACAUGGAGCUGGAGGAGGACGGGUCGUCAUCUUAUCAGGAGUUCAACGAAAGCUACCUACAAAAGGAUGCAUAUGCUGAAUGUGAUUAUCAAAUGUUCGACCUGUAUGAGCGGAGUGUGAUCAGUAACAACUGGGCUGUUGCUAGUCUGCCACGGCAUUUGAGUGCUCCCCGGGUGAACGCGUCCGUGUCCAAUUCCCUGUCUCUGGACAGGAGGAGCAGGUCUCUGGAUACAGAUAACCUUGAGUCGAAUACACCUGAAACAUACAGAGAGAACAGGCCGGCCAUGGCUUCUGAGCAGGACUCUGAGCGCAGCUGUUCACCGUAUUAUAGAAAGAAUGUAGUCCUGUCCACUCCAGAGGUCAGAGACGGUAACAACAUGACCUCGUCAUGGCAGACCAGGUCAGAAGUGACUGCCCCAGAUGGAAAAAUCACUGAAAACGUCCAGAGUCUCAGUCGAACCCAAGUUAAUCACAAGCAACCGCAGUAUUUUUGCUCGAUGUCAGAUGGGCUGAGCUGCGAUUUAGUCUCUGAGAAUAAAGAAUGCUACAGUAGGCAGCGUCAUCCACCUUUGAGGUCAGAUUCUUGUCUUCCUCAUAGCACCUUUGGAACGAAGGAGGAGGAUGUUUGCCAGAGAAUGGUAGAGGCAGAACCCUAAGAGCUAGACGUCUAGUAAACCCCUGUUUAAGGUCAUCCUUAACAAAGAAAAGACACAAAAAUCACCUGCGAUGGAGUGUAAAUCAUAUAUUUCUGCCAUAGAGUGCAUUUACAGGGUACUGGUCAUUUUACCAUUUUGCCUGUUUGUGAAUGCCUUAGACUUGGUGCUGGAGCUGUCUGCUGUGGUGUGUUUUGCUCCAGACGUGUCAAUUCAAGUCAAAGUAGUUUUCACAGUUAUGUUGGUCUGUUUGAAUCUGUCAACUACUAGGGAAUUAGUUUUAUACCGUUUAUUUUUUGGACUAGCUGAUUUUUUUUUUUCUGCAAUAAGCCAUCUUAUAUCCCAAAUUUUGGUUGACUGUAUUUUAGAGAACUGCUGUUAUAUCGUAAAACAUCUCCUAAACACAGAGCUCUAUAGUUUAUUUGUCCUUGUAUUUUUAAGGGCUGCAAAUCAAAUGGAUUUAAGUUUCUGUAAAACAUGCAUUUUUUUUUUAUCCUAACAUGUCUUCACAACCAAAAAUGAAGAGAAAUUAGGUGUAUUGGAGAUUCUCUUAAAAUAGGAACUCAUUAAUCUGACCUUGCAAAGCAGCAAACUGACUCAAAGCAGCUUUUUGUCUUCAUCCAAAGGAUAUCUGUUUUUGAAUUUUGAAUUUUUCUUUUUUUUUUUUUUAUCAUCCUGCUAUGUUGGAUAAGAGGAGUCAGACUUUAAAAGCAAUCCAGAUGUGUGCAAUAAGAAAAACGUGCUGCAUCAAAUACUUGGUGAAUGCUUGGGAGUCAGAGUUUAUUUUUUUUCCUUUGGGCAUUUGCACUGUACCUGAUAUGUUUGCACAUAGCUUCCAUAGCUCUUGGCUCAAAGGGUUUGAGGAGAAGAUAAUUAAAAUGGCAAUACUGCCGUUUCAUGAGGCUGUUGAAUUUAACUGGAAUGUUGCACAUUCGGACCUAAACACUAAUGCCACACUCUGUUCUGCAUUAUCGCCGUUCAUCAGCCUUGCAGCAGCCUUGCAGCAGCUGGCGACUUACUUUUCUCACUGUUCCCUUUAAACAAUUAAUCCUUUUCUUUUAAAAGCCUGAUCUUGUUCAUGUUUGCAAUUUGUUACUUUCACUCUUCACAGUAGGGAGCUCUGUCUCUAGUUUUAGUUGCAUAUCAGCUCGUUUUUAAGGAAGAAAACGGCACCGUAUCAAUUUAAAAAGAUAAAUAUCUCAAGACUUUAAUUUAUUUUUUAGAUUUAAAAUGUAUUUACUUGGUCACAGAAAUGCCUGUCAGCUUAUUUGUUUCUGUAAUCCCAAGCAGUAUAAGCUAAUAUAGGGCAUGUACAGAUGGACCGGUUGUGCUAAUGUAAGGUAGUCGUGAUGUUUUUACUUCAGCUGUCACAAUUCAUUUACCUAAAGGAGCUUUGCAAGGCAAAGCAACCAUAUUUGUUUACCUCCUUUCACAUGCAAAUAGAGAAAAGCGAAAUAUUGUUUACAUAAAAACCUACUUGGAGGCAAUUAAAAAGAAGAAUCUGUUUGCUACAGAUUUGAAAAGAGCAUAAACCUUUAGCUGUAUCUUUUCUUGUUCGCUUUAUUUGAAUAAAAGGCUAGCUAUAAUGAAGCACUCGGUUGUUGAGUUGCUCUUUAACUCUGAAUCCACAGGUUUGAGGGUUUUUGUUUGGAACUGAUGUCACAUUUUAAGGAUGGCUGUUUUUGUUUUGACUUUUUUCUCAUGUAGAACACGAUGUAUUUAUAUUUUUAAUUGUAGACUGUAAUAUGUAUAGAACUGUUACAAAUUGUCAAUGCUGUAUUUUGAUUUUUCCCUUUUUUCCCUUUUCUUUUUAUUGAGUUGUAUUGGCUCACUGAAAAUCUGUUACAGUUUUGUCCAAAUAGAAAACUGCCUUACCUGAGAAUUAAAGUGAU